AUGAAGUUCUCAACCAUUGUCUCCGUUGGCCUUACUGCCAUCACCGCUCUGGCAGCGCCAACCCCUAGCAUUUCUAUCCUCAAGCGCGCCAGCAUUGCCAAACGUGCUGUCACGACUUCAGACAUUGCUACCACCGGUUACGCAACCGAGAACGGCGGUACGACUGGUGGAAAGGGCGGAUCGACCAUAGAGGUUGCAUCGCUUGACGAGUUGACCAGUGCCGUCGAGGGCGAUGACGCUGCGAUUGUACUCGUCACUGGCCCGAUCUCUGGUGACGGUGACACUGUCAAGGUUGGCUCUAACAAGUCUGUCAUUGGAAAGGACUCGACCGCUGUCCUCACCAACGUCGGCUUGAUCGUCAAGUCCGUUUCCAACGUCAUCAUCCGCAACCUCGCGAUCGAGAAGGUUGUCGGUGCUGACGCCAUUGGCAUCCAGCUUGCCACCAAUGUCUGGGUUGAUCACGUAGACCUCUCAUCUGACCAGACCCACGACAAGGACUACUACGAUGGUCUCCUCGAUGUCACCCACGCCUCCGACUGGGUCACGGUUUCCAACUCAUACAUCCACGACCACUGGAAGGCUAGUCUUGUCGGCCACUCCGACUCCAACGGUGACGAGGAUACCGGCCAUCUUACUGUCACCUACCACAACAACUACUUCCAGAACCUCAACUCGCGCGGCCCGUCGUACCGUUUUGGCACUGGUCACAUCUACAACAACUACUACGACACCGUCAGUGAUGGUAUCAACACGCGCGACGGCGCUCAGUUGCUUGUGCAGAACAACGUCUUUGUCAGCUCCAAGAAGGCACUCUACUCGACUGAUUCCGGUUACGCCGUUGCUUCCGGUAACGACUUCGGUGACAGCGAGAACACGGCUGAGGAGGGCACAUUCACUGCGGCUCCCUACACCGUUGAUACUCUUCUUGAUGCAGCAGAUGUCGAGGCUGCGGUUGUUGGAACCGCUGGUGUCACUCUCUCUUUCUAA